UUCACGUAUGGAGGAGCUGCUCGUCCAACCUGAGGCGGCGAUCAUGGCGAGCUGUUGACUGUUUUCCUGUUUACCGGUGAAUGGCGACGCUUUAAGGCCCAUGACUCUUAUUUUACCGGCGCCAGGAGUUUAAAUAACGUGGCGGCGGCUCGUCCAAUGUAGGGAAGAUGUCUUCUGGCCGCCCCAUCAAGUGCGUGGUGGUAGGAGACGGAACAGUGGGCAAGACGUGCAUGCUCAUCUCCUACACUACUGACUCCUUCCCCAAGGAAUAUGUCCCCACAGUGUUUGAUAAUUACUCAGCACCGAUGGUGGUUGACAGCAUCCCAGUCAGCCUUGGCCUAUGGGAUACUGCAGGCCAGGAGGACUAUGACAGGCUGCGGCCACUUUCUUACCCACAGACAGAUGUGUUCCUGAUUUGCUUCAGUGUGGUGAGUCCCUCCUCGUGUGAAAAUGUCACCUCUAAAUGGUAUCCAGAGAUAAAACACCACUGCCCUGAUGCACCAAUUAUUCUUGUGGGCACAAAAAUGGACCUCCGUGAAGACAAGGAGACGUUGGCCCUCCUCUCAGAUCAGGGUCAGUCCCCAGUGAAGAGGGAGGCUGGCCAGAAGCUAGCCAAUAAAAUAAGAGCAGUCAAAUACAUGGAAUGCUCGGCACUAACACAACGAGGACUUAAACAGGUAUUUGAUGAGGCAGUUAGAGCAGUUCUUCGGCCAGAGCCAGUGAAGAGAAGACAGCGCAAGUGCUCAGUUCUCUAAACUUGAGUGCUCAUACUGUCUGUCUCCAGUUGUCUCACUCCCACUGUCUCACCACUCAUAGUCAAGCAAGCACCAAGUUAGUCUCUGACCCAUGUUACUGAGUCACAGGGAUUUUGGUGACCAGAUAUAAAUAUAUAUACAUAUAUAUAUUUUCUUUAACUUGAUAUUGUUUCAUGACUCUAUACCACCAAAAUGAUCUGAACGUUUUUAUCCAUUUUUUUUUAGAUUUUUAUGGGAGUUAUCAGUUGUUAAUUCUGUUUGUUACUAAGUGGAAAAUUGAUAACUUCCAAAUCAUAGUAUGUUGAACUUAAGUACAUAGAGCCAGUUUUUGUGUGUUUGUGUGUACAUGUAUGUCUUCAUACAUGUAUGUGUGUUUGUAUGUAUCCCUCCAUCCCUUCCAAUAUGUAACAGGCUCAUGUUAAUGACCAUCAUCAGACAGCUCUUAUGUUUAAGAAUAAUUUCACCCCCAGAAAGGCAGCAUUAGGGUUGUUUUCAUACAGGAAGUUAAUACCCUGUGGCAGUCAUGUUCAGCAGACACAGGGCAAGGCAGCUUUUACUGUAUGAUUUUUUUUUAUCAUAAUUUGGUAGUUUUUAGAAGCUCCUUAAGAUAUGUUGGUUUACUUGUACCAGUAUAUUGACAGCUUUAAUCUUUAGUUAUUUUCAGAAAAUUCCACAAUUUCAUUUAUUGUUUAAUUUGAAGUAGUUCACUGCUUGAAUGAGGGCAUUUCCAAGCUUAUCUGAAACUGAGCAUAUCUAUUUAAUAUUAAUAUUUGAAGAAAUAUUUUUAGUGAUAUUUGAUCAAUUUUAUUAUCAUGUUUUUUCUAAUCCUGAGACCAACCCAAGGCUUCCCCCAGUGUCUCCCUUCUCCAGCUCCUUCAGUUUUCAUGUUCACUACCCCCUCCCUCAACUUAGUAUAUCAUGAAUUUGGGGCUAUUUUUUUAUUUGAAUUCAUGGACCUAGUAAUAUAAUGCACACAUAUUUUUUUAUGAUCAUCUGUUACAAAAUCCCUUAUUCUAGAUCUUGUCUCAAGUAAACACACUCUUUUAGCUCAUGUAGUCUUCCAUUUAACCUUCUCCAUGAUAUAUGUAUCAUGGGAUAAACAAGACUGAUAUAUGAAGUCAGUAUUCUUUCUAAUGCUCAUGAUCAGGGUUACCAUCACCCACUGGGAAUACCUAUCACCAGAGCGUGUGUGUUCUACAAUACUGGUGUUUAAUGGCCACAGCUCAUUGCUCACUUGUCACUUAGGUAAUGAUUUCUCAUAAAGUUAACAAUUCUGUCAUAUUCAAUAAUCCAGAUACUUGAAUACUUAUAUUAAUCUUACACCUGAUAACCAAUCAUUUGAUUUUUUAUAACAAUUAUCUACAGUUAGGCAAUAUUGAGCUUUUCAUACUUAAACAUUACUGUUAGUGUGUGUGUAUGCAUGCUUGUGUGUGUGUGAGUGUGUGUGUAAAGUGUGUGAUUCACCAUGGUCUGAUGACAUGCUUGACUCGUGAUUCCCAGCCAGUACCCGCCCUGAAUGAGCUCGGAGCUCAGGUAACGAAUCUUUGGGUAGUUUGAAUGUCACGCUCACACACCUGGGAGGCAGAACACAACCCAUCACUGCUGGGUGGACAGGGGGCACAGAUUAGAGGAGAUUGCCAAUCCGUUUCUACUCCACCAGGGAAUCGAACCCGGAACCUCUCAGUUGUGAGACGCGUGCAAGGGUAUAGUGUUGGGGGAAGCUAUGGGUGUCAUGUUUGAAGUAGUUUGGGUGAGGGUGAUAAAUUUUGGGGGACAUUGGCACAUAUUGAUCAGUCAUGGGCCUGUUUCAGUGCUUGGAUGUCUCAUGAAGAAGACUACCCCAUGCAUAGUGGAAAGUCCAAUAAAUUAAGUAUUCAACAUAUAUAAAAAUUCAUUUUGUAAAUAUAUUUUUGAUUUAAGUUGUCAUCAUCUGCACUAGUUACUUUCCAUCAACUCACGCCGUGUUUGUAAAGUGAUAAAACCUUUUUUAUAUGUGACUUUAAUGUAAGUAGAUAUCAUACUGCACAUGUCACUAACACAACAGAACUGAUGCACAUGUAAUCAAACAUGACUGGAGGUUGAGGAGGUAUUGAACUAUAGGGUGUGUUAGCAGUAAGUUAUAUUUUUCUUAUAACACAGCCACUCUUGUAUCUGGUUAUGUGGCAACCUCUGAUCUCAGAGGACUCCUAAUAAUCUAUCUGAAUUAGUGUUUUAAUUUAUAAUACCAUAUUUGCUGGCGUAUGAGAUAAUCCUUUCAUGAAAAAUAAAUAAAUGCCUAACAUUAGAAGUCAUCCUUAUAUGUCAGGUAUAAAAUGCUAACCUCUACAGUUAUGGGGUCCCUGGGGGUGAUGGUAAACAUUGCCUUACACUCAUCUUAACCUUUUAAAUACUCUUAAACCCAUUUAAAUUACUGACAACAUUAACCAGAGCUCAUUUUUUAUAUAUGGGAAAAUUUUCAUAAAGAUAACUUAAUAGGCAUAAGAAAGGUGAGUGACCCAUUGAGUUCAUGUCACAGACAGUGGGUUGAGCCUCUUUAUAGGAGCGAAUGAUUGAGCUGCUUGCAAAAAGACACAGCGCAGGGUUACCAGAUCUGAAGCUGGUCUUAUUACCUUACUCCUCAGUUUUCAUUACCAAAUGGAUCCUUUCAAUAUCAAAGGUUCUACACUUUGUCAGGUGGUUGUAUGUUUUGAAGGUAGCUCAUGCUGCCUACAUAGUCCAUUACAUAAUUAUGUAGUCACUACACCUCUUUCUUUCUCACAAUAUUUACCUUACUAAAUUACUUAACUUUUUUUUGUGUGUUAUACAUACAUUGCCACUAAAUUAGUAACCUAUUACUGCUAAAUUGACUGACCUUUGUGGCUUGACUUGUUGGCCAGCAUGGAGGCAGGGCACAGGCAACUGCCAGUAAACAUUACCAAGGUUUUGUUAAGUAUUUGAUAUCAUCGCUAUUAGACAGAACAUAUAACAUGCUGGUAAAACUAGAGAAGUAAUGUGAGAUUUUAUUAAGGUAAGUCAGUGAGGAAAGAGGCAUGGAUUGGCAACACUUAUUGUCUGUGAAACCAACAGAAGCUGUUUGAAGGUAAAAUCUAACCAAAGGCAAUGUUGUUUAACCCCUAAAGGACGAGUGACCUGCAGGCGGAAAUUUUGGUGGGUUUCGUAAAAGGAUGUGUGUCCUGUGUGCAGACGCCUUUGCUUUCUUUUCUAUCCCUUGUUUCCACGUGACUUUCGCUAUUGUUCUUCAUCUGAAAUACACUAAUCGACAACCUUAGGCCUAGAGGCUCAUUCACACUGCUAGUUGUGAUUGAUGAAGGACACUCUCUUGGAUAUAUCUAGAGAGUUUACCGUGUCCAGUGACAGUGAAUGAGAUGCGGACAACCCACAGCUCUCAUCAUCAAUUUCUUACCUUUCUUACAAUGGUAUUUUACCUCUGGGAUUCACUUCAAGCCACAAGGCCCUUGUCCAGCUGGCCUGCCCAUUCAUAAAUUGUCCAACUCAAAUGAUGACAAUACCCCAGUACGUAGGACUCAUCACACCACCUCAAAAUCAGGCGCUAAAAGCUGUAGAAAGUUCCAAAGCCACUGAAGUAUGCACGUAUGGGUGCGACACACCAUAUUGCGGCACCUCUGACCUGCAAAAUUUACAUUUUUGCACGUUUCUUCAAUAUAUACAAUUUUUGUUAUAUGGAUAUUUUUGUCCGAUAAAUAUGAAAAUUUUACUUAUUUUCAAUUUGAGUAAUUACAAAAAAUAUAUAUAUAUAUAUAUAUAUAUAUAUAUAUAUAUAUAUAUAUAUAUAUAUAUAUAUAUAUAUAUAUAUAUAUAAAACAUUUAUACCAUUAGAACCAGCUUGAAAUUCUGUAAAACUUUGUUAAAUGAGUUUUUAUGAGAAAUGUAAAUGAAAAAUGGCUGUUUUUUGCAUUCUCCGGAGGCACCCUUCAGAUUUUUUUUGCAACCUUUUGGGGUUAAUAAGGUGUUAAUAGUAUCAUUCACUGGGAUGAGUGGUAGAGGACAGGUUAUUGAGGCAGCAAGCCACCAGCAACUCCAAAUUUUGGGGUUAUCUUAUAUAAAAUAAACCUCAACCUACAUUUAAAAUGAGAGGUUUUGGGGUUGUCUUAUAUGUUGGCAAAAAUGGUACAUUUGCUCACUUAACUAUUUUUUUAAUCCCACAUUUCCUCAGUUUAAAUCAGACCCAUGUUCUCAGCUUGAUAUGAACAUUUAAAGACCUAAAACACCUGCCUACUGUGAUAAAACAGUGACAUUCAUGAUAAGGAGGAAGUAGUAAUCUUUUCCCUCCCUGCCAUGUCCAAGUUUUGCAUCCAGUGCAAUUGACUUCAUUCAAGUAAUGUGUAUUGUGUGAUUUACUCUUCAGAAUACAACACUCACACAGCACAUUCAUGAGUACAUAGGCAGGCUCAAUAAAGCUCUUUCCCCUUAGUUUGACUUCAGUUUAUGUUAGAGAAGUUAUGCACAGUGUAAAGCUUAAUGUAGAUUUAAGGACUUUUUAAGAUGUGCCUCUAGAGACUUUUGUAAAUCAACAAGAAAUGAGCAGUCUGUGGUCUACAUUUAUCACAAUUUUAUCUAACCCCAAAUCAGUGCUUCAUGAUGUCUGCCUAAUUUUUUUCCUCCAUAUACAUAAAUAGAAGAUAACCUUGUAGAUGAGACUAGGCAGCUCCAAGCCAACUACAAGUCUGUUGUUAUAGAUUUGAUAUUUUGUAGUAGAGAUUAAGUGUGGAAAGUAGGAUGUAUUAAAAUAUUAUUUGUGGCACAGUGGAAACUAACAGCUUGUCUGCUUGUUGCCAACUUCUCUGGUGUGUGUGUGUGUGUGUGUUUGAGUUUGAGUUUGAGUUUGACUGCAUUUGAACAGGGAUGCCUAUAGGCAAGUGUAAUUUGGUUAUGUGCUCAGUGCAAGUGUGUUGAAGCACGAGAGAGCAAAAGCACAUCAGGAACACCAGGUACUUUGUUGUGCAUCAAGCAGACAUGCAGAUCCAUACCAUAACUCAACAGAUUAAUGUACCCAAAGCUUGUCAAAUUUACUUGAUUUUAAUGUAAUAUUUGUCAGCUUAAUUUUGUUGCUGUCAGUUCUGUGUGCAUCCUCAUUGUAGGAUUAUUAAGAUUUUCUAAAACAUUAAAAAUACACAUAGCUUUUUGAAGAUGAAUUCAUCUUGCUGUGUCCUUUUAUAAUUUUAUAUUGUCAGAUUACUAAACUUAUUGUGAAAAUAUCCAGAAACUGCUUAUGGGUGUGAAAUACAGGAUAAACACUUAUGUAUUCCUUUAGUCUGACAAGUUAAAUUUACUCAUGUUUUAAGUGUCUAGUCACUAGUGGAAAAGUACUAACAACUGCAGAUCCUUAUAUUAAGUUGUGAGAUUAAUGAAUAGUUACUUUUAUACUUUAUGAUAGUUAUAAUUUUGGCUCUUUUGGGACCCAGGUAAAGAACAGUUUUGAUGAGUAUCACAUUUCAUUUGAUAAGAAGGCUGCCAAUUAUCACACAUUGAAAUUGCUUAAAGUUUAGGUCCUAAAGUUUACUAGUACAGCAAAAUUAGAUGGAAUGGCAAGACGUGUUUUCAUUCCUCUGGGUCAUCUCAGUAAUGUGGACAGGUUUCAGGACUUAAGUUUCCUGUCCCAAUACGACCUAAUGUACCAUUCAUCCAGUUAUCAUGGCAGCAGUCCUGAGGUAAAGGAAACCCUGGGUCACUACCUGCAUAAUCAAAUCAAGAAUGCUCUUCUUUUUUUUCUUCUUAAUUAUCAAAAUAAUUGUCAAUAUUCUCGGAUUAGAAAUAUGAUAAUAAAUAAAAAAUAUAUCUUUGUGCCUAAAUUCCUCAUAAGGCAGGUGGAGUAUCCCAGAGAUGAGCUAACCUCUUAUGCACUGCAACUGUACUUAACAGUAAGUUGUAUAGGAAAAAUAUGAUAGCCCUGAGCUAGGAAAAUAAGACCAAAAAUAAGAAUCCCCCAAGCUAGGUAUCUAAGACCAUGCAACUUAAGGUUACAAGAGAACACUACCUCUCUCAUUAAGCCAGGAUCAAACGUGCAACCUUUCGAUCAUGAGCUGAGCAACUUACCCACAGAGCCACUCGGGCCCCUGGGCCAGGUAGGAAAGUUGCACAUGUGAACAAACUUGUGCACCAUUAUCUCAAGAAGUCUCUUGACGAUUCAAAUAUACAGUAAAAGUCCUUUAACUAAAAUGAUCCAAAAGUUCCAAUUUAAAUUAUGAUGGCAGGAAGUUGUAGUUGAAAAUUUUCAAGUCUGAAAUUUUGAAGACAGAAAAUAAUGAUCAAUGAUAAUGACAAAGUAGGUGGUCUCCAUAUGCAUCACAAUAUUUUUUUUUUUUUUUUUUUUUUGUACAGUACCCAUCCAAUUUGGAAAUUAACAGCUGAUGUAUGAAAAAAUGUUACAGCUCAAGAAAGAUCAACUGAUGGAGACUGCUGUAUCAUGCUCCCUACUGAGUCAGGCUUUGAAACUUUCCAGUGGUGACUUUACCUAUGUAAUGUAAUUGUUUACUAAUGUAGUGGGAAUGGGCUAUAAUUUUGUGGCCAUAGUUUCAUAAUUUAUUGGUGAUAGAAUGUUAUCCCCUGGGUUACACUACACUUUUAUUUAUUAUUGUCAAGUAUGUAAUUCUUAUUAUCUCUGUGAAGCACACCUCAUUCCCUAGCGCGGUAGAUUUUGCAACACUUAUAGUAUGGCAGUCUUGGGUGUCGUACUUAAUGCCUUACCACAAAGCUGAUCAUGAUCUAAUAACAACUCGUGCAAUUGAAGAAUGCUCUAGUACUAAUACAUAUGCAGUUACUUCUUUACUACAUAAUUUCCCUUAUACCUCUAUACUUUUGUUUUCUCAAUGGAAACUUUUUUUCCAAAAGGUAAAGAGAGGCUACAGUAAUUAAGUUAGAGCAAGAAUAAGUAGAAUAGAUGAAAAAAAAUUCCUACCGCCUUUGAUUAUGUAAUCGAUUUUUACUGCAACUAUUGAGUCAAUUUAAGAAUAAUGAAAAGAUUCUCCAACAAGAUUAUCUUGAUUACCAUAGGCACAUCAAAUUUUAUGCUAAGUAUGGCAGAGUUGAGGUAGAUAACUUUUUUAUGGAAAAAUUUGCCAGCGCAUGAACUUGUUGUUUGCGUGGUAUGCCCUACCACCUCUCCCUCUCUUGUAUGUGCCGUAGUCCUCCCUCCCUUCCAUUAACUACGGAUUUACUACUAUUAGAGCACUCUUAUAUUGCACAGAUGUAUGUUAUGAAAUUUUAUGCUCACUGGUAAGAUACAGCAUAUUUUUAUUUAAUUUGAUUCAUUAUCUAUAUGAGUUUACAAUAAUUUUUGGGGUAUUGUCAAGUAAAAAAAAAUAAUAAUAAUAAAAAAAUGCUAAUUUGAAUGGGUGCAGGUCCACAUCUAUUCAAAUUAAAGGACUUUUACUGUAUUUUUAAUAAGCAUAAUACUUAAACUGUGUAUAUAUAUUAUAUUGCACACUUAAAAACUUUCAGUGACUUAAGAGGACUGACUGGAUAAUAUAUACAGCAGUAUGAGUUAUAGAAAUAUAUAUUUUUAUAUCAUGAAUAAUUCAGAAUUUGAGAAAAAUUUUCAAAACAUGGACUUGGAAGCACUUGGGGACUGCACUAAUUCUGAUUUCCAAGUUGUUAUUUUAUCAUUGAAGAAACAGUAACAAGCAAUAGAUAUUCACUAAACAUCUAUGCAAAUUUUUCAUUUUUUUUUUUUAUUGAGAUUUGCAACAUCAUACAGUUCCUGUAAGGAGAUAAGCAUAAUUUUUGUCUGGCAGCUGGAUUGGAUCUAAACUUUGCUGAAAUUUGCAGAGCAUUUCAUAUUUCUUUUAUGUAACACUAACUUGCAUCUGGUAACACACCAAUAGAACUAGUUACUGACAAGCAGUUUUGAUGCUGGUUGGCAUCUUAUGGAGUUAAUGACUGUCACAACCAUUGUACUGACUAUAAACUGGUUCAGCCUGAUGUAUUAGAUUGUGAGUUAAAUUUCAAUAGUUUAUAUGCAUUAUGUUUGUGAGAAUCACCAAGUAGCAUCAAGGAAGAUGUCAGUAAUCCUGAAGUGAAGGCCAGGCCACUACCAAUCAUCCUUCACACACUAUUCCCUAAUAUUUAGGGGGAACUGUUAUAUCAACUACAUGUUAGACCCUGUUUUACUAUUUAGGAAAUCAGCUUUAUUUUAAACUAAAAUUAUUGUCCCAUUAAGUUUUGGUUAUUGCAUCUUCCUUGUUUGUGGCAGUGUAAUGUUCAUGCACAAAGUGUUAUGGUAACAUGCCUUGUGUUAAGUUUUCUCAACAUUUUGUAUCAUGACCGCUAACAUGACUUUAAAUAAAGAAUAUCAGACAA